AUGACGGCCCACCUUAUUACUGAAAAAGAUCCUACCAAGAUUGAAGGAGCCAAGGCCCCAUAUCCAGUCAUUUACACAUCGACUACGCCAAAUGGAUAUAAGAUUACUACUUUGUGUGAACUUCUUGGAAUUGAGUACUAUGUGUAUCCUGUUGCGCUCUCUAAGAACGUUCAAAAGGAGCCAUGGUAUUUGAAGUUCAAUGCAAACGGCAGAAUCCCUUCCCUAGCCUAUGUUGAGAAGGACGGAAGUGUUAGGUACAUUAAUGAAUCUGCUGCGAUAAUGAUUUUUCUUGCUGAUCGGUACGAUAAGGAGAGAAAGUUUUCAUUCGAGCCAGGAACAUCCGAGUACUAUGAUGAGUUGGAGUGGAUCUUUUUCCAGAUGGCAGGCUUAGGUCCAAUGAAGGGUCAAUGGCAUUGGUUUGAAAUAUUUUCUCCUCAGAGGGAUGAAUUUGCGAUCAACAGAUAUUACAAAGAAACUCUUCGUUUAAUCGGUGUCCUUGAAGAAAGAUUAAAGAGAAAUGGUACGGGCUACCUAGUCAGCGAUCAUUUAACUUUGGCAGAUCUCGUUUCUUAUCCAUGGCUCAGAAGGGUGAACAUUGGUAAUUUUGUUGAAGACUUCAAGAAGUUUACACACGUUGUUGAGUGGCACUCAAAAUUGGACAAAAUUCCUGCUAUCGAGAGAGGUCUCCGGAUUCCUCCAAAUUGA